AUGCAGUGGCUUACAGCAGUGCGUGGCAUGAGUGCCAGUCCAGAAGUAGGUGAUCUGGUGGAGUAUCUUUUCACAAGGUUUGAAGAGCCGUGCGGAGCAACAGUACCACCUCUUAUUGUGAAAGCUGUUGUUUGGCUGGAACGUGUUGCAGACAUUGAUCCACGUGAAAGAAUAGGCGACUCACAGGUGGUUUGCUCAGUCAGGGACUAUUUGGUAGAGAUGCUUUCCAAGGAAAAGCCACCAACUCAGCGUGCACCACGUUAUCCAGUUGUGAUGAUGGAAGCUUUUGAACAUGUUGUUGAAGAUGAAAGUCAGCGUAUAGGCUUUCGUUUAGUUGCAUGGGUAAAACUGGUGAAACUAUGGGCAACUCUUCGUUGGGAUGAUGCCCAGAAGAUCAUCCCGAAGGAACUCAAGUUCUAUGGAGGACGCAUGACCACCAUUUUGAGAACUACGAAGACCUCAGGGCCAUCGAAACGAGUACAAGAGCUUCCGGUUUGCGUCUCAGAGCAUGCAUUUGUUUCGAACCCCUUUUGGCUGAAGACGGGUUUUGACUUGUUCAAGAAGCAUGCACCUUUUGAGAGGGACUAUUUGCUUCCCAAGCUGAAUGAUGAAUGGUCAGCCUUUCGUAAAGUGAUGGCGUCAUACAACGAUAUUAGUGCAUACUCAUCAAGGGUCAGACGCAGAUUGAAAAGGCCUGGCAAAGAUGACUGUAUCAUACAUCCUGUCUUGGCAGCCUUUUGGACUGAGCAUUCAGAGAGGGCAACAGUGCCUACUGGCUUGGCUCUGCUGAGAGCUCAGAAGGAGGAGCGUGACAUGCUGGGACGAUGGAAGCCAGAUGGGUCAGACACUUACAUCAGGAUGUACAACGGUGUCAUUGCUAGGUUACAACAACAGUUUGCAAAAUCGGCAAGAGGAGCUGAGCGACACAAAGAGCUGGAUGAGAGAGACAUAAUUGAGAGUGCCAUGUCAUGGUUGUCAGAGAGGUGUGAAAACCUUCCAGAGGAAGGCGUUGAUCGCAUUCUUCAACAUUUUGAGGAAUCACUGGCCUCACCAAUUUUUGCAGACUGGACAGAAGUAGGAAACACAGCAAAUGAUGAGACACUCCAGGAAGCCGACAUUGACGCUUCAUUGGAGACAGAACGCAAGAUAACAGAUACGGGCAAUGUCACAAAGGAGAAACGUGCACACUUGUUUGUCGUUGUCAACAAUGGGAAGAAAUGCAAGAGACUUCACAAGAGUCAUGGCGGAUGUUGGAUGGGGAGAGAGAUGAAUUUCAAGUCAGCAACAGAAUAUCUCACCAUGCCUGAGGCAAGUGAGUACACGCAUUACUGCAAGGUGUGCUGGCCAAAGGAGUUUGAACAAGCGCCAGCGCUCGGUGUCAUGGCUUCUCCAGAGGAGAUUGCCCUGCAGGAAGCGUUGAAGAGAGGCAGUUCAGACUUGAAGUUCAUCCUCACGAGGAACGAUGUUUCAAACGACUUGCAAGCAUCCUUUUACAGAAAUGAUGUGACUUCGAUACAGAAGUUCUCCUCCUUCUUCAGAUCGGAGGACGACCUUGUUAAGGUCUUGAAAGAGGAGUUCAACACAGAUGCAGAUACAAGCUUGCAGGCGAGAGCACAGGUGGCUGCAGUGAUAUGUGCGUGGCGCGAAACACAGACGCGUCAGAAGCGACAGGCUGAAGUUGAAGCAGAGAUGGAAACACGUGAAUGGACCAAACCCAUUCCGACUGGAGACUACAUUAGCAUGCGCAACGCAUACAUGAAGGUGCAUGGAAGACUGGAGGACAAGGUAACUCCGUCGAAGGAGUAUUUAGAGAAGAAGUUGCAAGAGCUUGAGAAUGGAGAGUUCAGAGCCGAGACAAUGGCCGAAGUUGUCUCAAAAGAUGAGGUGGACCCUGAUGUGAUGAUACCAGUUUUCGACGCGAAGGGCAGCCUUUCAGUUAGAAAAGGGGCUUCCACAAUCCCUUUGCCCACGGGACCAGAACAGCUCAGACGCAGGUUAUCGGUGAUGGUCAACGCAAUCCUCAUGUUGGCCAUUAAGCAUCCCAACAGAGAGGAAAUCCAAGAUGUGACGCGUGAUCUGUUUGAGCGGUACAAGGACUACGUUUUGGGUGACUAUGUGUGGGGGCUUUCAUCAACAGAUUUGCAAGGGAAAGUCAAAGGGCAAAGGAUCAAGCACCACACACCUGAUGGCACGAAGAUUUGCUUCCGCUUCAACCAGGGCAAGUGCAGUUAUCAGAAAUGCAAAUUCUCCCAUGUUUGCAGUCGAUGUUACAAGAAAGGGCACAAUGCGUUGAAUUGCAAGGAAGAGAAGAGCCCCCCGGUUGAAAUGGUUGACAUUCAAGUGCGACCGUUCUUGGACCUCACCCAGAAAGAAGUCCAACAGCGCUUGUUGAACAAGAUAGCUACAGGACGCUACGAUGCAGUUUUGUUUAGCCCACCAUGCAGUACCUUCUCACGAGUGGUCUGGGCGAAUAGACAUGGACCUCGACCAGUGCGGUCUUGCAGAUUUCCUAGAGGCUUGAAUAGGCUCACAUGGGCAGAACGCAAAAGAGCAACAUGGGGAAACACCAUGGCAGACUUCACUUUCAAGGGUUUUGAGUUGCAAGCAAAACAACAGGACGGCAUUGCAAUUUUUGAAAAUCCGGAGGAUCUGGGGGCAAUGAGAAGCGGCGAGAACUUUGGAGUUAGGCCGGCAAGCAUGUGGCAAUGGGAACAGUUUUCAACUUUGUUACAGCUGGAGCAAGUGACAUCAGUAGCAUUCCACCAACUGGAUUUUGGUACAGACUACCUGAAGCCCACGAGGCUACUACUGGCAAAUGUUGACAAGUUGCAUGAAGCUUUUGCGAAGGGAGACCCCUUUUUGAUGACCAAGUGGGUUGCAACUACAAUUUUAGACAAGUUCAUGUUGCGUUACAACCAGAGUCCUGUCAUCGCUGACGAUGGGGUAAAAGUACACUCAGACAGGACAGACUUUCCCAUUUUACAACCGGACGGGGAAAAACUCUUGGGUGGAUACGGACCGCCUAGGAAAUGGCAACAACCCGGCAGAGAAAGAUUUUUCCAUGAUGGAGCUGGACUCCCAUCAAUGGGGAGAUGGGACAUUGACAAAAGAAUUUGGAACAACAGUGAUUUCUGGUUGGAGUUGCGCAAAGAGACAUUGGACAUGGUCUUACAACACUUGGGUGAUGAGCGGAAGCUGGACAGGGCAUGUUUUGAGAUGGCGGUAAAAGGCGAACAGGGAUGCGAUAUUGUUUGUGAUGAAGGGCUCAAGGAUAGUAUCCGAAAGCUCUGGGUUAGGAAACUUCAACAACAUGGCAGUACUCAAGAGGAUUUGGAAUUUCGAGCUCCUGGCCAGCCCAUUUAUCUGAGGCUCCUCAAGGAGUUACUGGCUUUCUCGGGCGAUAUGGACCGGGAGUUCUUGAUGCAGGGGGAGAGAGGUUUCCCUGUGGGAGUGGACAACCCACUCCCGAGAACCCCUCACGUUUUUGAGGAACAGACCACGUGGAAACUGGAGGAUGACCCACACAUGCAGGAAGAGGAAAACCACCAAGGGAAACGCAGGGUCAUCCACGACGCGACCCAUGGCACAAAGAUCAACAACCGCAUCAAGUGCCGAGAUAAGGUUCGAAGCCCGUGCGAGAGAGAAAAGCAAUACUUAUUGGCCUAUUUCCAACUGCUCAGGGCUUCGGUUUUCAGUUUGGUGGGGGACAUCUCCAAGGCUCAUAGAAGAUUUCUUCAUGCACCGGAGGAGAGAGGACUUUUGGCAUGUCGAGUUAGCGAUGAUGAUCCUUACGUUUAUAUUAAUAAGGUUGGAACCUUUGGUCUGGCAUGUGCGUCUUACUGGUGGUCAAGGAUUGCUGGAUCAGGUGUCAGGUUGGUGCAUGAACUUUUGGGGCCACAGAUGCCGAUAGAGCUUUUGAUUUUUGCAGAUGAUGUUGAGGCCAUAGCGGCAAGCCCGGGUGGGCGAAGAGGCAUCACACUGGCCUUUUUAUUUCUUUCUUGUUUGGGUUUCCCUUUCAAAUGGGCGAAGCAACGUGGUGGGCUGCGUGUUGAGUGGAUAGGAUUGUUUACAGACUAUACCACAUACAAGCUUGGACUCUCCCCAAGGAGAGCUGAAUGGAUGUACAACUGGGUCUUGAAGCUUGCAAAAGAAGGCACCACCACAUCAAAAUUUUUCGAGCAGGGAUUGGGGCGACUGGGUUUUGCUGCACUAGCCCUACACUGGGAAAAACCUUUCUUGGGACCACUUUACAGCUGGUCAGCAGCCACGCGUAACAAGCGGGGCCAGUUGAGAUUGCCGGCGAUGCUCAGAGCUAUUUUACUUUUUCUUGCCCGACGGUUCAAAGAAGAAGGUCAGUUGCAAGAGGCCCCACCCUUGAAAGCUGAUGAGGAGUCGGAGGAGGAGAUGCUCUUCUUCACAGAUGCUAGAGCCACGGAGGAUGGAGCAUGGAUUGGUGGGUACAAGCAGGAUCAGUCAGGCAAAAUUUUGGCUUGGUUCUCAGAGGAGAUAACGGCUGAUUGGGCCGGCUGGUUGAAGCUGAGAAAGGACCCAAAGAGGCUGAACGCUUCAUUGGAGCUCUUGGCAACUCUUGUCGCUGUCAAACUUUGGAUGCCGUACAAUCCAAAAGGCUCUAGUGCUAAGUGUUGGAUAAGGGGAAAGACAGACAACUUGGGAAAUUCAUACGCUGUGGCGAAAUGGAUGAGCACCAAAUUUCCGCUCACCGUGCUGGUGAUGGAGCUUUCCGAAUCGCUUAGAUUGGGAAAUUGUUGUCUGACGCUUGAUUGGUUGAGGAGAGACAAAAAUCAACUAGCAGACGACCUAUCCAACAUGAAAUUUGACAGUUUUGACUUGAACCAACGUGUGCUUUGGAAACCUUUUGAACAGAGCUGGCACGUGCUCUCGGAUUUUCUGGUACAUGCAAAUGAGUCUCAUGAAGAGAUGCGGAAAAGGAAAUCAGAAGCUACACCAAUGGAGCCAAAGAAGAAGAAAGCACGGAAAGGAGGUCUUGGUCCCUGGUAG